AUGGCUCGUAUUUUACAAAACGAAAACCUCCUCGUAGUUUAUUCCAAACGUUUCUUGCAUUUUGAAUGGAAGCUUGAAGAAACGAACUUUGAAAGUGGUACUUCACUUCGAAGCGGUGAAUUUAAUCUCGGUGGUGAAAAAACGUCUUUUCUCGAGUUUGAAGUUGAUAUACAUGAAUAUUUGUAUCUGAAUAACCCAGAACCAGCAGCUUAUGGACGUCAAGUUCUCACAAUAUUUGAUAAGAAUAAUGUAUGUAUUUAUAAUUUAAUUAAAUCAUUAGAUGAUCUGAAAAUGGAAAGAUUCGAUUUGCUGGGACAUUUGAAUUUAACACCUGACACAGCAUACCCGAUUACAGUAUCUUGUACCAUAAGGUCAUCAAAUGCUUCCCUUUCCGAGGAAUUGUACAAUGCUGUUGACGAGAUAAGUGUAAAAGAGCUUUCAUCGGACAUGAAAAAGGUUCUUGAAGAAGGUCUAAACACCGACGUAGUACUCAGCACGGAAGGGGAUGACAUUAAAGCCCACAAAUUCAUGCUGCAAGCUCGUUCCCCGGUAUUCCGCAGAAUGUUCAACCACGAUUCAAUCGAAGCUGCUAAUAAUUCAGUUGAUAUUUCGGACAUUAGUUUAUCAACAAUGAAGAGACUAGUAACAUUUUUGUAUACAGGUAGGAUGGAAAAGUGCAAUUUUGAUGAAGCUAUGGAGCUGUACUACGCUGCUGACAAAUACGAAGUUUUGUCCCUCUUAGAAGCUUGCAAGGUGGAACUGAUGAACAAUCUUGACAUAAAAAACGCUGGUUCCCUAUUCACUUUAGUGAACCGACAUAGCGACGAGGAUUUCAAGGAGAAAGUUGUGCAAUUUUUAAGUGCUAAUUUUGAGGCUGUCUUAAAUGCGGAGCCAGUUUUGAAAAUGAAUAACGGAGAUAUAGGAUUACUUGUACGUAUGUGUGCUAUUGCUAAGAGAAAGUAG